AUGAAAUCUGGAAUUAUCAGCUACAGAGAUAAGGAAGGGAAUCCACUCCCGUUCUCAGAUCUCAAGAAUAGGGUGCUAUAUAUAGAUGAAGGACACACUGUUAAAGAAGAUACUUCAACAGUUGUGAGAAACAUCUUCUCUAUUUAUAGGGAAUAUCUGUGGGAUUCCUACUCUAUCAACCGCUUUUGUUCAUACCCUAUUUACUUUGCAGCUUCAGAAGCUAUUUUCUACAUGCCUAAUUUCUUUAAGAUGAAGGUGAUAUAAUGGACCCUAGUAGUUUUAAUCACAAAUUAGCCUCUGCAGUGACGACAAAUAUCGAUCAUUAUAUGGGGCAUUCGAAGUUGAUACAGCAGAAAAUUCCAAAAUUUAGUUACAUCUACAAGGGAGUUUUGAGCACUUCUAUUCCUUACACAUUUGCUAACUGGGGCUCGAGGCUGUUGAUAUUCACUAAUCUCAAGAGAUCGUACGACUCCAGUCUUAUGCAAUGUCUAAACUAUUAUUUGACAGCUUUUGUAGCAGGAUUUGUAAGCUCCUUAGUGACAACUCCUUUAUGAAAGAUGUAUUACUCUAAUCAUCACUUACAAAGUGUUGGGAACAUUAAUUUCACUUUCAGAACUAUCUAUGAUGCUAUUUUUAUUGAGACAAGGUACUCUAAUCCAAGAAAGACUUUCUACCAGAAACUUCAGAUCUGGUAUAAACAUGCUCUAGUAAUAGCUCUGAGAGGAGGUUUCCAGAGCACAAUCCUGCUUGGCACAUUUUCUUUUAUUGGUAAUAGAAGCACAAUUCAAGGAACUGAGAAAGAAUCUGAGACUGAGGUAGCUGAAUUUAUUACAUCAGAUAACCCUCUAUUACAAAAACUGAAAAAUUUGAACACUUAUGCUUCUUUAUUGUCGGAUAAAGCAGACUACUAUCGGGCUACAUUGAAGGCAAGUCUUUAUGUAGCAUCAUUCGGAGCAGUUUCUUUAUCUUUCUUUGAUCUUGUCUUUGGAAUUCUCCUCAAGGAUUCGAUCAUUCAUAAGAAAAAUAUCAAUUUGCAAGCCUUGAAGCAAAUAAAAAUAAACAAUUUAGUAGGUAAAAACUUGGUUAUUUUGGCUAUUCCUAACUUCAUGAGGUAUUUUGCCCUCCUUUGGACCUGAAGACUGAUCGAGCCAGAUUUAUUUAAUUAAUAUCCACCAUUCGUUCAA